CACACCCAUCUUGGCGCUACCCAACUUUGACGCCCCUUCAUCAUUGAAACAUAUGCUUCAGGUACAUGCAUUGGGGCAGUUCUAAUGCAAGCUGACCGUCCUAUUGCGUACAUGAGUCGAGCUCUCGGUAAGGCCAAGCUGACACUAUCAAUAUAUGCUAAGGAAAUACUGUCGUUGUUACGACAAUUCACACAUGGCAUCCUUAAAUCUUGGGCCGGAAAUUUGUUAUCCGAACAAAUAAGAAAAGUCUAAAACAUCUUCUCAGCUAGCGGAUUACAACGCCCGAAAAACAACAAUGUGAUUCCCUUAGCCGCCGCCCAACUGAAGCCUUGUUGCUAGUAGUCUCCAUUCAGCAUACAACACUCUAGGAUUCCCUCAAAAUCACGACGCUCACUCAUCCUUAUAUUCAGAAGGCUCUGGCUUGUGUAAAAUCAGCUUCCCCUGGCCCCUACUCCAUCCGAAACGACAUGGUUCUCCUGCGAAAGCGCAUCAUCAUCCCUCCUCACUCCCCUCAUGUGCGCCAACUUCUCGAGGAGCUCCAUUUCACUCCCAUCGGCAGCCACUCCGGGAUUGAACGAACUUACCGGCGACUGGCUUCCCAAUUAUUCUUGCUCGAUAUGUUCGAUGACGUCAAGCGUUUCGCCCACUCAUGUGAUACUUGUCAACGAGCCAAGUCCCAGUCCUUGGCCCCGGCGGGCCUCCUUCAGCCGCUCCCUGUUCCCACUUAGUUAUGGGAAGACAUCUCCCUUGAUUUCAUAGAUGGUUUGCCGCGUUCAGGUGGGAAGACAAUGAUUUUGGUUUUCAUCGAUCGUUUGACCAAAUACGGUUACUUCAUCGUUCUUUCCCAUCAAUUUACGGCGUGUUCGGUGGCUGAUCAGUUCAUGGCCGAUAUUUCACGACUUCAUGGCCUUCCCCGCUCGAUCGUCAGUGCCAGUGUUCGCGUUUUCAUGAGCAACUUUUGGCAGGAACUUCACCACCAAUCGGGGACAACUCUCAGCAUGUCCUUCUCAUACGAUCCUUAAUCUGAUGGCCCAACGGAGGUCGUGAAUUGCUGCAUCGAGCAAUAUUUAAGGUGAUUUACCCAUGAACAACAGAAGAAGUGGCUGUUGUACUUACCCUGGGCUGAGUAUUGGUACAAUUCCUACUUACACAGCUCUACGGGCAUGCCCCCCUUUUUGAGCUCUCUAUGGGCGGCUGCCCCCUCCAAUUCCAAACUAUCGUCUGGGAUCCACUUCGGCCCAUGAGGUCAAUCAUGCUCUUGUUGACUGCAAUGAUCUUCUCAAUGAGCUGAAGGCCAAUCUAGUUGUCUUGCAGAAUCGCAUGAAGCAGCAUGCUAAUUUACACCGACAAGAGGAACAAUUCACAAUUGAUGAUUGGGUAUAUAUGAAGUUACAGCCUUACCGCCAGCAUACAGUCUUCCGUCCAGCAUCAUAGAAGCUGGUCUGACGCCUCUUUGUCCCCUACAUGAUCACUGAAUGCAUCGACCUGUGGCUUAUCGCCUCGGCUUACCGGCUGACAGUCGUGUGCACCCGGUCUUCCAUGUCUCUCUGCUGUGUCGUUGCCUUGCUCCUCCCACCGCUGCUACUUCGCAGGACAUACCUCCCAUUGGAAAUGAUGGGUCACUCCUUCUCCAUCCUAAGGCCAUUCUUGAGACACGUUGGAUGAAAAGAGGUUCUCAUUUUGUGGAGGAACUCCUCAUCAAAUGGAAGUCCCUGCCUGCCAGUGAUGCUAGUUGGGAAUUGGCUUCCACUUUCCAUGAUCAUAUCAUCCAGCUGGUCAUUGAGGACAAUGCCGGUUCUUCAGGGGGUGGUAAUGAUACAUCUUCAAGUCGCCCAACAAUCCUCUACUGUGACGAAUAGUCAGCCCAACCCAUCUACAAUAAGGCCUUAAGCCUCGCAACAUGCUUGUCGUUGUAAGAAUGUGAUUUGUUUAUUUGUUUCAGCAUUGUUAGCUAGUUUGAAUUGGUUAGCAGGUGGUUAGAGUAGUGGUGAUAUGGGAAUAAGCGUCUAAUUGUUUU